AUGGUUUCAUCUUUUCGGGUCACACAACAGAUCUGGCACUGCGACGCGCUGGGCGUCUACUCGCACUACACGUCGGCCGGGGUGGGCGGCCUCAACAGCUCGCGUGCCACGGACAAUUCGACCUUCCUCCGCGGCGUGCAGCUCUCGGACCAGGCCGGCCUGGUGGGGUUCGACACCAUCUUCCCGGGCUACUACGUGGGCCGCGACACCCACAUCCACCUCAAGGUCCACCUCAACGGCAGCCUGGCCGCCGUCAACCAGACCAGCACCGGCCUCGAGAAUGAUGACGUCAACACCAACCAAACCACCGCCUACUACUACUAUGCUGGGGGCAGCGUCGUGCACACGGGCCAGCUGUUCUUCGAGGACGCCGUGAGCGACGCCAUUGACGCGCUGGCGCCCUACAGCACCAACCCUGGCAACCGCACGCUUCUGGAUGAGGACAACAUCUACGCCGGGGUGACCAACGCGUCCUACGGUCUGCUCGACGUGGCCUACCGCAACUCCUCGCAGGGCUACGCCGGCGGCCUGGUCGCCACCAUCAUCCUCGGUAUCGACACCUCGGCCAGGCCGCCGACGACGAGAGCGGCCCAACUGGCGGCGGUCCCGACCAACCGUUGCCCCCGGGAGGCGCUCCUGGCAGCCCCUAAGCCACACGUUCCAUGA